AUGCUACUCUUUCGCCAGAAAAAAUCCGUUGGCGAAGCGAAGGACAAAGUAUGGGGAUUGGUUGAGCAAGCGAAAGAAGACCAAGAGUUUCUGCGAGAGCAGAUUGAACGGAGUGGCGAUGCGAUUAUGAGCAGAUUGAAUAAGAAGAACCACCACCAGAGACAAUUAUUGCUGCUUACGGGAGACAAGGAUAUCUGCAAAAAUAGGUGGUUCACACCUAGACAAUUUUUAUCCGAACCACCCCUGAAGGAAGCUCGGAAGCAGAGAAAUAAGUGGCUAGUCCCUUACCUGAGCCUCGAGGUCUUGAUGAAGGAUCGUUCUAUUUUUCUCAAUUUCUUGUACAAUCGAGUAUUUCACUCUUUCCAAGACUGGGCCAGAUUCGACAAUCAAUACAACAGUUGAAAUACGGCUGGGAGCAUGGAUUUUUCGCGGUCGAAUUCUGCGAAAUUUGUGUCAAGAUGUUCGACCCGAAUUACGGACAAUUGACUGCCUGGGAGUCUGAUUCUGCACACAGAUCAGAUAUUCUCGGAUAUCCUCGAGGCUCAAUGUUGCUUGAAGCACAGGCAUAUAUCAUGAGGUUUCUCCGGAACAUAGUAGGCGAAAUUUUCAAAGUUGCCCCUACUUCAAACCAGCAAUCGUCAACAAAGUGGAAGGAGAUGGCCCAGGUGGGCUUCAAGGAGAACGGGGAAAACGCAGGAUACUGGUUUUGUUAUUCUCAUCAACCGUUUUUGAGUCCACCCACGUUUAAUAUGGAAGUAUUGCUGGGGAAUAUAAAAGCAAGACUCGAUGAAACCGGUGAUCACAUUUGGCUACUUCAAACCGACGCCAAUUAUCUCUGGAAUCACUUGCGGGAACUGAGAGAGUGUCAAGUCAUUGAGGAUGCCACAGACUCUGAUAAACAACUAGCAUUUGAAUUGGUUGUUGGAGAAGUAAUUUAUGAUCUCCAUGUCCAUUGGUUCUGGACAAGAUUGCACGCGAAGAUGCAACCGACCAAGGAGCUAUACGCUCGUUUCCGGGACAACAUUAACAUUGGCGAGGCACUACCACCGAUGUACGAUGUAGGGUUAGGGGACAUUGAAAGACUUCUACUGGACACAAUACAUGUCCGCUCUCUGCACCUUGGGGCCAUCAUUCCUCAGAGGCCUGGCUUGAGAAAUGCGUGGAACAUCACGAAGGUUUGCGAGGGCGUUUGGUCUGCUCAGUGGAAAGAGCCAGAUAUGAAAAGGGGUUUUAAGAAAGAUCCUCUCGAUUGGUGCUUACAGAGGCUGCAAGAAGAUCCGGAUGUUCCAAAUAACUUGGAAUACGAAAUGCUUUUCGAAUUUCUAGAUGACCACCUACAGACAACCAACCGGGAUGACCGAGCUAGAUUGGAUAGGUUAAUAUACGAAAAGCUGUCCGAUUUAGCAGCACUCCAAGAGUGUCUCGUGGCAAUUCGCCUUCACCGACGAAGAAGCGUGAGCGUACGAGCAGAAGAUUUGGGGGAAAUAUCCUUCAAGCGGACUUGGCAAAAAGAUGGAUAGGAUCUGGAAUUUCCACGAGAGAACUAUAAGCCUUUGGCCAGUCUACUGAAACGCUUCUACGAGUUCUCUCAGCCAUACAAAACAAAAUCCCAUGGCUCGCUGACAGAUUUCGACGACAAGAAUGAGGCUAUGCAAAGCUCCCGGAACGAAGUCCACAAUCGAAUUGAGAACGUCUUGCUAGAAAAUGGCUUCGUAGAGAAUGAAGAUGACCUAAAAGUUCUCACAGAAUUCGCGAGUCCGGGGCAUCUCAAAGAAGUCCAAGUUGAGAGGGAUGCUUUGCUCGCUACUAUCGAGAACAGCAAAUUAGCCGCGAAGAACUCCUCGAAACCACGCUCAGGAAGCUCGUCUCCGCAAGCACCCUAUACUCAAGAAAUUGAAGGCAAGACCAAAGUAGAGAUACUACAAAAGGACACCAAGAUCAAGACUCGACCAGCAGACCCCCGUAUCGAAUCUGCACCAAUCCUCUCAGCAGUGUCCUCGCCUAUUUCACCCACUCCAGUUCCGCGAUAUAAAAGACCAGCAACAAUCACCAAGCGCGCUCUGGCUCUAAUAAGAGCGGUGUUCUCCUCCGAUCACCAAGAAUCUAAGAAAUCCAUUGAUUGGGAUACCUUUGUCAAUUCCAUGUCAGACCUUGGGUUUCUGGCACAACACAAGGGUGGGUCGGCAGUGACUUUUGAGCAUGAAGGUGUGGGCAAGAUUAUCUUCCACCGCCCGCAUCCGGCUAGCGUUCUGAAUCAUGUUAUGCUUGUUGCCAUGGGAAAGAGAUUGGGAAAGUGGUUUGGAUGGAGGAGAGAGGUUUUCGAUACUUAG